UCUCUCUCUCUCCCGCUGUCUGCUGCUGUAGUCUUGCAUCCUCUCUCUCAUAUAAGCGGCGAGACUAAAGAGAGAGAAAGAGAUUACUGAAAUCCAUGUGAGAGUAUUUUCUCUUUCUUAAACACUCUUCCACACAUUGUCUGAAAAAACCACAAAGAUUUUUCCGACAACAUCCGGUUCGAUCUCAGACAAGAGACUCAUUCACUUUAGAAAUAAGAAAAUGACCAGUUUAGGUCUCUCCCUCUUCCUCUUCCUACUCUCCCUCACCACCGUCACAUCAGAUCUAGAAUCCGACCGACGAGCACUAAUCGCUCUCCGAGACGGCGUCCACGGCCGUCCUCUCCUCUGGAACCUAACGGCACCGCCUUGCACUUGGGGAGGAGUCCAAUGCAAUGCGGGUCGGGUCACAGCCCUCCGGUUACCCGGCGUGGGUUUAUCCGGUCCGUUACCAGUCGCAAUCGGAAACCUAACAAAGCUCGAGACUUUAUCUUUCCGGUUCAACGCCUUAACCGGUCCGCUCCCUCCUGAUUUCGCUAACCUAACUCUCCUCCGUUACCUUUACCUCCAAGGAAACGCCUUCUCCGGAGAGAUACCUUCUUUCCUCUUCACCUUACCUAACGUGAUUCGGAUUAACCUCGCUCAUAAUAAAUUCUCCGGUCAGAUCCCGGUUAAUGUUAAUUCGGCGACCCGGUUAGCUACUCUUUAUUUGGAAGAUAACCGGCUUACCGGUUCGAUCCCGGAGAUUAAGCUAAAGCUUCAGCAGUUUAAUGUCUCUUCGAAUCAGUUAAACGGGUCGAUACCGGAUCCGUUGUCCGGUUUGCCUAAAACCGCUUUUGAAGGGAACUCUCUCUGUGGGAAGCCGUUGGAAGCUUGCUCCGUGGUCGUCGCCGGAAACGGAGAAAAGGGAAAAAGUGACAAGCUUUCUGUCGGAGCUAUUGUCGGAAUAGUGAUUGCUGCAGUCUUCGGGCUUAUCUUGCUCUUCUUGAUCUUGUGCUGUCUCUGCAGAAGGAAGAAGAAGAAACAAGACAAUGUGGAGUCGAGAAGCAUCGAAGCAGCGGCUCCUGUGGCAGCUUCAUCAGCCGCUGUAGCUAAGGAAACGACGGCGGUGGAGAAUGUUCCUCCUCCUCCUCCGGUGGUGGCUAACGGAAACGGUGGAGCGAAGAACAGUAAAGAUCUGACGUUUUUCGUGAAAACGUUUGGUGUGUUUGAUCUCGAUGGGUUGUUGAAGGCUUCUGCGGAGGUUCUUGGGAAAGGAGCGUUUGGAUCUUCGUAUAAAGCGAGUUUCGAGCAUGGUUUAGUGGUGGCUGUGAAGAGGUUGAGAGAUGUAGUUGUGCCUGAGAAAGAGUUUAAAGAGAAGUUGCAGGUUCUUGGUUCUAUCAGCCAUGCUAAUCUUGUGACAUUGAUCGCUUAUUACUUCAGCCCUGAUGAGAAGCUUGUUGUUUUUGAGUACAUGUCACGAGGAAGCUUGUCUGCUCUCUUACACGGGAACAAAGGAAGUGGAAGAAGUCCAUUGAGUUGGGAAACAAGAGCGAGUAUAGCUCUAGGAGCAGCAAGAGCCAUUAGUUACCUUCAUUCACGUGACGCGACAACAUCUCAUGGGAACAUUAAGUCCUCCAACAUUCUCUUGUCUGAAUCCUAUGAGGCUAAAGUCUCUGACUACUGUCUUGCGCCUAUGAUCAGUGCUACAUCUACACCUAACCGUAUUGAUGGUUACCGUGCUCCUGAAGUUACCGAUGCUCGUAGAAUCUCCCAAAAGGCUGAUGUUUACAGCUUCGGUGUUCUCAUUCUUGAACUUCUCACAGGGAAAUCUCCAACGCACCAGCAGUUAAAUGAAGAAGGAGUGGAUUUACCGAGAUGGGUUUCGUCUAUUACUGAACAACAAUCACCAUCAGAUGUGUUUGAUCCAGAGCUAACGAGGUAUCAAGCUGAAGGUAAUGAGAACAUGAUCAGGCUUUUGAAGAUUGGUAUAAGCUGUACUGCUCAGUAUCCAGAUAGUCGUCCGUCUAUGAGUGAAGUCACGAGGCUCAUUGAGGAGGUUUCUCGUUCAUCUGGUUCACCAAGUCCUUUGUCUGUUUGAUUCUUUUUUUUUUCUUUCAAAAUUGUUUGGUCUAAAUUUGAAUUUGUUUAAUAGUUUGUUCGGUGAUUCUUGAAGUCAGUUGAGAAAUACGUUGAAGGGUUUUUUUUUUUUUUCCUUUUUAGUGUUGAGAUUAUCAAAUUGUUGAAAUAUAUCAUUUGUUCAAGUGUGGAAUGAAAAGAGUUGUCU